ACUUUUACCUCUACAACAAUGUCCAUGAACAGUUCAAAACAGCCAGUGUCUCCUGCAGCUGGGCUCCUUUCGAAUACAACUUGCCAGACAGAAAAGCGGCUUUCAGUAUGUUUCUCAAAUAUCUAUAUGACAGUGGGAAUCAUAUCAAACAGCCUUGCCAUUGCUAUUCUCAUGAAGGCAUAUCAGAGGUUUAGACAGAAAUCCAAGGCAUCGUUUUUGCUUUUGGCUAGUGGCCUGGUAAUCACUGAUUUCUUUGGUCACCUAGUCAAUGGAACUAUAGCAGUGUAUGUCUAUGCUUCUGAUAGAGAAUGGAUCCGUUUUGACCAAUCAAACAUUCUUUGCAGUAUUUUUGAUUGCAUGGUAUUCUCUGGUCUGUGCCCAUCUUUUACUGGGCAGUGUGAUGGCCAUUUGAACGAUGUAUUGGAGGUCACCAAACCAAUCUUUCAUUCUACCAAAAUCACAUCCAAACAUGUAAAAUUGGUUUUGAGUGGCAUGUGCUCUUAUUUGCUAUUUUUCAUAGCUCUGUUGCCCAUCCUUGGGCAUCGAGACUAUAAAAGCCAAGCAUCGAGGACCUGGUGUUUCUUCACGAAACAGAAACACAUCAAAGACUGGGAAGACAGAUUUUUUCUCCUACUUUUUUCUUUUCUCUGGGGCUCUUAGCCCCUUGCUGUCUCAUUUUUGUGCAAAUGCUGUUCUAUGGAAUUACACUUUUAAGAGUUAAACUUUAAAAGUCAACACAGACAAGGCAGGUCUCAUCAUUUGGAAAUGGUCAUCCAGCCUGCUAUCAUGUGUGUUUCCUGCAUUUGUUGGAGUCCAUUUAUUGUGACAAUGGCCAACAUUGGAAUAAAUGGAAAUCAUUCUCUAGAAACUUGUGAAACAAUACUUUUUGCUCUUCGAAUGGCCACAUGGAAUCAAAUCUUAGAUCCCUGGGUGUAUAUUCUUCUACGGAAGGCUGUCCUUAAGAAUCUCUACAAGCUUGCCAGACGCUGCUGUGGAGUACAUGUCAUCAGCUUACAUGCUUGGGAACUUAGCUCCAUUAAAAAAUCCUUAAAAGUUGCUGCUAUUUCAGAGUCAUCGGUUGAUGAGAAAGUAACUCAGCAAGUACCUAGUCUAAUGGGACAGUAA